GUCACUCAGACAAGCCGUCCAGACCUGAUUCUCUUCCUGAUGAAAUACCUGAUGGCUCUCAUAGUUGGUAUUCCCUCUGUUUUUUGGGUUGGAAGCAAAAAGACAUGCUUUGAAUGGGCCAGUUUUUUUCAUGGUCGUAGGAAAAAAGAGAUAGUGAAUGAGAGCCGGCAGGUGCUCCAGGAACCUGACUUUGCUCAGUCACUCCUGAGGGACCCAAACACGCCCAUCAUAAGAAAAUCAAGGGGCACUUCCACUCAAGGAACAUCCACACAUGCUUCCUCAACCCAGCUGGCUAUGGUAGAUGAUCAAAGAAGCAAAGCAGGGAGUGUCCACAGCAAAGUAAGCAGCUACCACGGCAGCCUCCACAGAUCGCGCGAUGGCAGGUACACUCCCUGCAGUUACCGAGGAGUGGAGGAGAGACUACCUCACGGCAGCACAUCACGACUAACGGAUCACUCCAGGCACAGUAGUUCCCACCGGCUCAACGAACAGUCACGGCAUAGCAGCAUCAGAGACCUCAGCAACAACCCCAUGACUCACAUCACACAUGGCACCAGCAUGAAUCGUGUUAUCGAGGAGGAUGGAACCAGUGCUUAGUUUGUCUUGUCUAAGGUGGAAAUUUGUGCUGUUUAAAAAGCAGAUUUUAUUCUUUGCCUUUGCAUGACUGAUUGCUAUAGCUAUUAUCCUGCUUUCAGUCAGGUGCAGAUUGUGUCCAUUGGGAAGGUGAAUUUUUGCUUUUUAUAUUGCAUCAAACUUGGAACAUCAAAGCAUCCAAAAUACUAAACAUUAUAUCAUCACAAAGAUAAGUCUUUCUAGGUUGUGAAGAGAUAAUUAUUUGUCUGGUAAGCAUUUUUAUAAACCCACUUAUUUUAUAUUUAGGAAAAUUCUAAGUGUGUGGUGACUGAUUUGUAGUGAAAUUUCAUAUAAUAUGAACUAGUUGUGAGAUAACAUUCUGGUAGCUCUGUUAAUACAACAAAGUUUCAGAAUUAAAGAAAUUUUCUAUGCAAGGUUUAUUUCUCAGAUGAAUAUAGGACUUUGUAGUUUUAUUUCCACUAAGUAAAAAAAGAACUGUUUUUAAAGUGUAGGAAAAUUUAAUAAAUCAGCAAGGGUAUUUUAGCUAAUAGAAUGUAAGUGCAACAGAAGAAUCUGAUUCACCUGUGGAGAUUCUCUCAAAAUUCUAUAAAAAUAAUCCAGAGAUAUUCAGGAUUUGGAUAAACAAUGGGAUAAACACAGAGAUGGGCAUUUUUCCCUAUAAUUGUGUUGCUUUUAUUACUUUUGUAAAUAUUACUUUUAUUGGCUGUGUUUUUACAAUAUCCAUAUGCAUGAUGGAAAAAUUUUAAUUUGUAGCCAUCUUUUCCCAGGUAAUACUAUUGAGUCAUAGAACUUCAUGUUCAGAUCUGCUGUGUGGAGGCAUGUAGUAAGCAUCACACAUUAUAAGGGUUUUUUUUUUGUGGUAACCACAAAAUGGCAAAAUGUUUUCUCUGUUUUCAUUGUUGUAUUUUAUUAUGGUGAGAUUUGACCUUGCCAAACCCACCAUACCUUGGUAUCCAGGCCCUCCCUAUAGUGAGCUGAUUGUCUGCAAUGCAUUAAUUGUUCAGUAGGCAGUUGGCUACAGCUUUUGCCCCACAUCCCUGUUUUCAGUUUCUGGACCAUUCUUGUUUCAGCUGAAAUAUAUAUAUAAUCUAUGUCCAAAGUAGUGAUUAAUUUGGAUAUUUGAAAAUCAUUGUAGCUAAAUGAAGCAUGAUUAGACUCACUAUGAAUAUAUUUUAAUCUUAAAAAAUAUCAAGUCAAAAAUGUUUGACAUUUUAUCUUGUAAUGUUUAAUUUACAAUAUGAACUGUGAAUUUUAUUAGGCAUGAAAUUGAUCGGAAGGGAAAGAAAAUGUCUGGAAAAUGCCAAAUGUGUUCUGAAGAAAACACAAGUGAUCCUUAACUCUGAUUGCAGAUAAAAAUCACUUGGGGAACUUCUGAUACAUGCUCUCCCCUACAUCAUUCUCUUAUUUAGAUGAGAAUUGCUAGCUUUUUAAAAGAAGCUUUCUGAGUGAUUCUAAUUUGCAGCCACAUUUGAGGCACAUGAUUUGAAACUCAUCUGCCCCUGAUAGUGAUCUGAUGGCAUUGCAUUAUAUCCUAUGAAGAUCUAGCUGGAUUCGACAAUAUGCUUUUAUGUCAUUACCUAUCAUACAAUUGUUUCCUACUUUAUUUCCUACAUUUAGAAAUGCAUAAUUCUUGGCUCCACUCCCAGAGAUUCUUAUUCAAUAAGAAUUGAAGGUAAUUGGGCUUUAAAACCUAUAAUUAUAAAAAUAUCACAGAUGAUUCUUAUGCAGGUAAUUUGGGACCACACUUAAAAAAUAUUCUAGACUCUUGGGGAGUCCUGACUGUGCCAUAUUGCUAGUUUUUGACCUUUAACGAUUCAGUCUCUUUGAACCUGGGUCCCCUUAUUUGAAAAUGAAGAUGAAAGAUUAAUACCUAUUUUACCUACCUCACAAAGUUGUUGAAUUAAGAUCAAUGAAAACAAUUUUAUGGAAGCUCUUUGCAAAAUGUAAAGCAUGAAAUAUAAGGGACUAAGAUUAGAGGGCUUAAUAAAUGUGUUUUAGGACUACUGUAGUACAUUUCUUGACAUGUUUUUAAUUCCUGUGUAUAUUUGUUUCUCUCCCUCUUUUAAAAAAAAAAUAGUACCAAGAGAAUAGGUAUUGAAAAAGAAGCUUUCACUGGGCAGAAGAAUCAGUCUGAAAAUCAUGAUUUAUUUGUAUAUCAUCUUUCAUAGUACAUAUAUCUUAAUAUGAAUUAUUAAUCCUUCAUAAGAUAUAUUUGAACAUUUCACCCAAUUUUUUCCCCUCUAUUCUCUUUGUCUUUCCCUGGAACUAGAGUUAAUGCUCAAACAUGCAAGGUCUGAAUUCGCUCACAACUGAUAAUUAGUAAACCAUUCCUCUGAAGGGCCCAUGUUAUAACCUACCUAUAAACAAAUCAAUAAUUCAUAAAGCUUUGAGAAUUUCUCCUGAGAACAGCAUGAGAGAACCAAAACAAACACUCACAAACAAAAAUAAGAAGUUAAAAUAGAAGGUACCAGUUUGAGCUCAAAGAUGUUGUCAUCUAUCACCAUCUGCAUUAUAUUAUCAACUGCCAAAAUGUUAAUUAGUUUUCAUGUAUAAGUGAGCCAAGUAUAGACAGUUAAGUGAACAUUGCUAUGAAAAUCUUAACUUUGUCUUUCCAGAUUUUUUUGUAUUUAUGUGUCUUCUCUGUUAAAACUAAUUGUUGCUAUGUUUGUGAAUGCUGUUUUGACUUUCCAGUUACUUUCAGUAAAUAUCUUAAUGCCCCACAAAAUUUACAUUAUAUUGUUAGUCUGUUGUUUUAAGUAAUCAAACCUAGUGCUCCAAGUAAAGAAUGUUUUCUUUUUGAAGAGACCAAUGAAGAACUAUUGCAAAAACAGCAAUUUCAAGUCUUGACUUGCUUAAACCAACUUGAACAAGUGUGGACAGUCUUCUUACUGUAUGCUUAAUUUUUAUUUGUGUCAUGAUUGGCAUAUGCUAGUGUUUAGUGUUUUGUUCAGUUGACAACUGAGAAAAAAAAUACUUCUCUCUAAAAUGUUCAUGUAUUGUCAAAAGGUUUUUUGAAAAGUAAUUUCAACAAUAUUAUUUUAUUCAAUAAUUAGGUAAGAGAUCCAAGACAAUAUUAAGAUCCAAGCAAUAAUUUAUUUCAAACAACAAUUGAUUAAUAACAACUAUUACAGGGCUAAACAUAUAGUAAGUUUUUCCAUAUUUAAAUUAAUGAAUAACUCAUGUCACACAAUUUGCUUUUUUUUUUUAGUACCAAGAAUUGAAUCCAGGGGCACUUAACCACUGAGCCACAUCCCCAACCCCCAACCCCCUUUUAUUUUAUUAGAGACAGGGUUUCUCUGAGUUGCUUAGGGCCUCGAUAAAUUGCUGAGGCUGGCUUGGAACUCGUGAUCUUCCUGCCUCAGCUGCCAGAGCUGCUGGGAUUACAGGUGUGCACGAGGGCACCCUGCUCACAGUUUGCUUUUUACUGUCUCCCAUCAAAUUUGAAAGAUUCAGAUUUAAACUAAGUGAAAUGAAUAAGAAACAAUUUACACCAAGUAAGCUUAUUUCUCCUAGAAUAACAGUCUGUUAUUAUUUUAAUUAAAAGAAUAAUAUAUAUAUCAACCAUUUUAAUUAAUUUUUUAAAAUGAAUAGUGAUCCUUAGAAAUAAGUAAUUAGGGCUGGGGUUAUGGCAGUGAUGGAGUGCUUGCCUAGCACAUAUGAGGUGCUGGGUUUAAUCCUCAGCACCACAUAAAAACAAAUAAAGUAGAUGUAUUGUGUCCAUCUACAACUAAAAAGAAAAAAGUAAUUAAACUCUUGUUAGUCCUCAUGCUAAGUAAAAUUUCUAUGUACCAGAUGAAUGAAUAGAUAGUCAAGCAAACCUUUUUUUUUUCUGCUUCUGAAAGCAGAUCUAUAAAAAUUCUAAGAAUCUCUUCGAAUUAGGAAAAUGGACUGCAUUUUAACAUACCUCAUUGUCUUUGUUAUGGUAAUAGCUGAAAAUAAGUGAAAUUGUACCCAUCAUAGCUUAAGCUAUGUCUCCAUGAAAUGAAAGGAAGUACUUAAAAAUUUUUUGGUAAAAUAUAGUGGGUCAUUGCCUGGAGCUUAGAAGAUAUAUACCAACAUUUCAGUGUAUUUAUAGUGCUUUUUGACAUGCCAAAGGUACAUUUACACAUUCUCAUAUUUGGUUGACUUAUGUAAUUUAGUGUAAUGAAAAUUCGACCAGGCUUGAAAUUCAAAGACCCAUAAUAAUUAUGUCAACUGGAUUGGUCAUUUAAUUUCUCUUAGUCUAAUUUCUUCAGUAUAAAAUGAAAAUAGUAUAUUUUUUGGUCCCAGCCUACUUCACUGGAUAUUGUGAGGAUCAAAUGAGACAAUAAUGUGUUGGGCUGGGGUGUAGCUCAGUGGGAGAGCACUUGCCUCACUUGUGCAAGGCCCUGGGUUCCAUCCCCAGUGCUUGGGAACAAAGAGCAUAUAUAAACUGCUGUACUGAUACUGUCUUUGUUGGAAUUUGGGGGUUGUAGAAAGCAAGGCUAUAGUCUUCACUAGUAUUUGUUUUUAUAGUGACAACAAAAUAGGUAAUUAGACCAGUGUUCAUUCGAUAAACCCAAUCAGCACUCCAAUUAACUUUUUUUUAAAAAAAGGUUCUUUUAGAGUAACUAUUCUUUUUAAUUGUUUGGUUCUUUCAGAUAUGUUACACCAAGUGUGCACUCAAAUUUCAUAUGGCUGAAUUUCUAGGUCACUUCCAAUAGAAAUUGGGAGUCUCUGUUUUUUUGUUUUUCCUUUUAUAUGGAACUGUAUAAGCUCAUUAUUAGCUUGGCUUGGUGGAAACUUAAAAGAAAAAUAUAAAGAGGAAUGUAGGCCCUGUAAUCUUUUUUUCUUUGAGGACUUUUAUGUACCUGAUUCUUUCUGAUUGAGAACAAGUUUUGAAAAGAUGAUUACUAUAAUUUGUUUAUUUUUUUAUUAUGGCAAAACUUUGAAUUUUAAGCUAUAAUACUAUGGGAAUUAUUUGUAUAUAUGUACAUGAAUUUUUUAAAACUGUGUAAAGCAAGAAUUUCUUCUUCAUUCUUUACACAUGAACAAAGUAAGACAUUUUUAUAGACCCUAGAUUUACAAAGGAAUUUGUGAUUCUCUUAUUUAAACUUCUUUUUUGCCUUUUUAUGACCAAUUAAAAUAAGGAAAACUUUUUACAUUUAAUUCAGCUGUGUUUCCUGGUAUCUAUAUAAUUUUAUAGAUUAUCUUAUAUUUUGAUCUAUUUUUAUGAAAUAUUUAUAUUGUUUAAUUCUCUUCUUUCUAGUUAUAUGAUUUUGGUAAAGGCAUAGGAAGAUAUAACAUUCUUCACUUUCCUUCUCUUAUUGGUCUGUGUUUUUUCUAACUUAAUUUGAACCCUAUAUUUUUUAGUAAUCAAAUUGAUACAGGAUUAUAUUGUUCUCUCAGGAUUCAGUUCUUGUAGGAAAGAAGUCCAUCCAGAACCAGCCACCUUGGUGGACAUUCCUGUUUGGUUAAAUUAUAAAGAUUUAAUAUAAUUUAAUCAGCAUAUUUCUUACUGUGGUCUCUAAUUAGAAAGUAAAACUUGGUUGCUAUAAAGACAUAGUAAAGUUUUUACUAAUAAUUUAUUCGAACCCCAAACCAAUACAACAUUGCUUCCCAUAAGGUAGAAUAGUAACUCCACCUCAUGCACUGAAGAGUAGUUUCCUUUCCAGGACUCUUUUAAUAAUCACCUGUCUCAGGAAAUCUUUGGUGUCCUUCAUGGACAUUUUUGUUGUCAUGAUAGUGUUUUUCAUAUCUUAUUCUCAUUUUAUUGGCCUCUACACCAGUUUUCCCUCAUGGAGAAACAAAUUUUUUACCUUGUAAUAAUAUAAAACUUAAAGAUUCCAUGGUCCAUUGUUCUGCUAGUCUCCUUUAAUUAGUAAAGUUAGUGUUUUUAAGAUAUGUUAUAUUUGCUGAAGUAUUACUUGAUUACUAUUGAAGGCUUAAGGUUUUUUAUAUAAAUCAGCUUGUUUGUAUAUACCAACUUGCAUUUAUUUCUUUGUAUUGUGCUUAUUGACUUUUCCCUAAUGUCUUAGAGUGUAACAGUUUCUGUUUUCUAAAUUGAGGUGCUUUCCCUAAUGACUAGUAAAAAAUGCAUUGUUAUUUUUUAAAUAUCCCAGGGUUUUAAGUCAAGUACCCUGAUUCGUAGUCUUACCUCUCUUUUCAAUAUAACUUUGGACAAAGCAUUUUACCUGCUUAGGCCUUGGUGUCUUCAUCUAUAAAUGAAGGGAUUAGAUGAGGGCACAUCUCAGAUUCCUCUGAGCUCUAAUUUGAUUCUCUCUUGACCAUUUUAUAACCAUGAUUCCAGGCUCUAUUUUAUUCUUGUUAUUUUUCCCAUGAAUUUAAACUUAUUAGAUUGACUUUUACUACUUAAACUUAACAGGAUUCAAAUAUGUUAUUAACUUUGUUUUCCAUCAUUAUUUCAAGUAGUUUUAAAAGAAAAAUUAUAUUACAAUAAAAAAAAUGAAAGAAAAGUUAUAGAUACUGGACAUGGCCUUUUUUGAUGGGAAAAGUCUUCUGAAGGACCAACAUAAGCAUCUUAAUUGAUAACACGAAAAGAAUGACAUAAAAUUUGUGAUAUUUGUUUUCUUAAAUAUGAAUACAGCUAGGGCUGAGAUUGUGGCUCAGUGGUAGAGCGCUUGCCUAGCAUGUGCAGGGCCCUGGGUUCGAUCCUCAGCACCACAUAAAAAUAAAUGAAUGGAAUAAAGGUGUCCAACUACAACUAAAAAACAAAAUAAAUAUUUAAAAAUAUAUAUAUAUGAAUACAGCUAGUUGGCCAAAACUUUACACAGAAUGAGUUCAGUGGGGCUGGAUAUAGUUCAAUGGCAGAGUACUUGCUUAGCAUGCAGAACACCCUGGGUUCAGUACAUACAAAUGUAUUGAAGCUAAAAUUAAUGAACAAAUCAGUGAUAACACUGGUCCAUUUAAUUAAAAGAAACUUAAGUUUUUGCCACAGUGAUAGCACUGGUUCAUUUAAUUAAAAAACUUAAAAGUUUUUGCCAGGUGUGGUGGUAUACAUCUGUUACCCCAGCAACUCAAGAGGCUGAGGCAGGAGGAUUACAGAUUCAAAGCCAGCCUUAGCAACUUAGUGAGAUCUUCUCUCAAAAUAAAAAAUUAAAAGAGCUGGGGAGGUGGCUCAGUGGUAAAGUGCCCCUGAGUUCAACCCCUAGUACCAAAAAAUAAAUAAAUAAAUAGUUAUUUGUUUUUACCAACAUCAAAAGAACUAUAAGGGGCUGGGGAGGUGGCUCAGUGGUAGAGUGCUUGCCUAGUAUGUGUGAGGCACUGGGUUCGAUUCUCAGCAUCCCAAAUAAAUAAAUAAAGGUCCAUUGACAACUAAAAGAAAUAUUUUAAAAAGUAUAAAACUAAAAGAAAUUAUAGAGGAGUUGAUUGAAAGUUUUCUGUUAAAUAAUUAUUUAAACUGAAUUACUAGAUUUCUUGCAUAAAUAUUGUUGCCAGGUUACCAUGGACAAGUGAAUGCCUUUGUUUAAAAUAUUGUUAGAAAUAAAAGUGAUUAUUGUUUUUGUUUUUUUAUGGCUGUGCAGAAAAUGUUCCUAUGGAGGCUUCUUGAUUGUCCUCUAAUAAAAUGUAGAGGUUCCAUUAGUUCCAUCUUUUCAGCAGGAUUCUCUUGUGGAUAACUGUUCUCUGAGAACCAGGCCAUGGAGGUCUCUGUUAUGUUUCAAGAUCGUUGUCUUGGCUUUCAUUGUCUUCAUUUGCUCAUCUCAAUGUCUUGAACGCUUGGUCUGUAGAUCUGACAAUGUAGGAAUGAAGUCUGGGUCUAAUGAGAACAAUAGUGGAAAGUUGAUACAGGAAGGCAUAAUGUGUUUUUUGGUGUGAUUUCUUUUAAACUAUACUCGAUUCCUUACCUUAAGUCAUUUUUUCUGAAUAAUACAACUCUCCCAGCCCAGAAAUUAGACACCUAGGAUUUCUUACUCGGAGAUGCCUGUACAGUUAUGAAUCACACAACAUUUCAAUCAAGGAUGGAUGGCACAUAUAACAGUGGUCCCAUGAGACUGUAUCAUCUAGUAAUGUGUGUGUGUGUGUGUGUGUGCACUCAAUAGUGAAAUCACCUAACAGCUCAUUUCUCAGAAUUUAUCCCCAUUACUAAGUGGCACAUGCCUGUUUUAUGUUAUUUUCGUUGACUAUAAAAACAACAACAAAUUUAUUGUCAGUGUGGCUUUGUAAGUCACAUUUGUUAAAUUUGAAUCUGAGGUCCAAUUUCACUGAACAUUUUCUGGAUUUUGAUAAUGGGCCAAUCUGUGAAAUAAACCACAUAAGCCUUGAGUGAUUUAUAUUGAUCCAUCUGCCAUUUUCAUAUUUAUCUAGCUACUCCUUCCAUCCUCAGUUUUGAAAAAGAAAUUGACACAUUUCUUCCCCUAGUUCUGCUUCUGAACUAAUCUUGUCAGCAAAGACAGUUGAUAUGAAAUAAUUCUUUAUUCUUGAGACAAGAUCAGUACAGUAGUUUUCUACAUUGAGCAGAGGUGAAUACAUGUUUAAAAAAUAAUGUAUUUUCUCCAUUUGUGAAUUUAAAAAUUUAAAAAUCCACCAGGCAUGGUGGUAAAUGCUUAUAAUCCUAGCCCCUCAGGAGACUGAGGCAGGAGAAUUGGUAGUUUGAAGCCAGCCUGGCCAACUUAGUCCUAUCUCAAAAAAUAAGAACUAAAAAAUGGACUAGGGGGCUAGGGUUGUGGCUCAGUGGUAAAGUGCUCGCCUGGCAUGUAGGAGGCACUGGGUUCGAUCCUUAGCACAACAUAAAUGUAAAAUAAAGAUAUUGUGACUACCUAAAAAAAUAAAUAAGUAUCUUUUUAAAAAAUGGACUAGGGACAUGAUGCAGUGAUAGAAUACUUGCUUAGCAUUUCCAAGCCCCUGGGUUUAUUUUCCAGUACUGGGGGGGAAAAAAAAAUCAUAAGGACUCUCCAGUGUGAAGAUAUUAAUCUGGAAGUUCUCCUGUUAUCAGGUGCUAUUUCUAUUAAUGUGAGUUAUCAGACUAAAUCUGAAUUCUUUAUCAUUCUUCUUUAUAAUAUCUAACUUCUAAAGAAUCAUUCUGUCUUACAUUAUAUCUUUAACACCAACUUUAGACAACUUUUCUGCUGUUAUUUUCAAUUGCCAAAUUUUGUUUUUGAGUUAUCUUUUACCAUUGAAGUUUUAAAGUGUUGUACACAUGAAGGAGUGACUAUAGUUUAGACAUGUACUUUGGCAUGAUAGAGAUAGCACUAUUACCAUCCCUUUACCCAACCUCCAAACAGAAGUUCAUCUGACACCUCAGAAAUUGUCAAAUUGGCUUGUUUUAUUUCAAAGAGCUGUGGAAGCUGAUCCUUUAAUAUUAAAAUGUUUAAUUAAGAAAAUAUUUCUAUAUUUUAAUCUGGUCAUGAAUUUGGGAUUAUUAUUAUUAGUUGUUUCACAUUCUAUAAAUAUGCAAUUAUGCAAUACUCAAAGCUCACAUUUAAUUAAUCUGAGCUGGGUUUGGUUGGGGUUUUUUGUUUGUUUUUUGUUUUUGUUUUUGUUUUGCUUUUUAGGCUUCUUGAGAUUUUUUGUUUGUUUAAUAUUCUACAUUUUUGUAUGUGUAUAUAUAUCACUGUCCUCUCAACAGGCAGCUCUCCUGUAGAUCAGCUGUUCUCAUUGGGAAUCAGGCCAAGGAGGUUCUUGCUGGCUUUUUAGAGGCAAAAUAAUUUCUGCUCUCACAUCUAACAUGGUCUCAAAUUUUGCUAAUGAUAGAAUAUUAUCCUCUUGAUUGACAUUUUAAAAUAGUGAAAAUACCAUGUUAUACAAAUCAACCAAUUUGCCAUAAAAUGCCAUUUAAAGAUUUUUCUCUAUGCCUGUUUGUUAUAAGAAUAAAACAUGAGUAUAAAAAGUAUAUAAUAUAAAAUAUGAAGCUUCUGCACAAGAAACCAGCAACUUUAUGAUCUAAAAAGUUGUAAAUUAGGUUGUUUCGAACUCAGAGUACAUCUCCUGAUAUAAAUUGUUAUUUUAAAUAAUAGGGGUAACAGCUUGCUAACUAAAGCUAAUUUAGUUCAGUGUACUGUAGAAUUACUGUAGGUGUCUUGAUUUGCGAUAAAUUUUUGUAAUGGAGAAAGCUAAUUUUGAUCUCAAUAAUUACUUGGUACAUUUCUCCUAGGUGAUACUCAGGAUACUCUGAGCCCUAUCUACUUGCAUACAUACCCUCUAUUUGAACUGUUCCUCAAAUGCUACAUUUCUACCUUUCUAGCCCAACACCUUUCUACCUGCCUUCCCUCCUUAUUGAUCCUUACCAAAAUUUCCAAAGCAUGGCCCAUCUCCAGUGUUAGGAAGAAGGAAAUUUGCAUUAACCAGUUCAUAUUAAAGUAUUAGUGACUAUAGCCCUUUUAUCUACUCAAAAAGAAAUCUGUAUUUUUAAAAAAAACAUGUUGGUGUUAGCACAAAUUAAUCUCAAUGAGUAGAAAAUUAAGAUUUAAAACAAAAGUGGAGGGGCUGAGGAUGUGGCUCAGGUGGUAACGUGCUCGCCUGGCAUGCACGGGGUGCUGGGUUCGAUCCUCAGCACCACAUAAAAAUAAAAUAAAGAUGUUGUGUCCACCGAAAACUAAAAAAUAAAUAUUAAAAAAAGUGGAAAUAAUUUUUUGGUGUUGAAACUAUUUUGAGGCAAGAGAUAUCAGGAAGUGACCUGACUUGGAACACUGCUCCCUUUUCCUCAAGCCAUGUGAUGUUUGAAAAUGCUGUAUGUUUUCAGUGACCUUAAGGAAGGGAUCUGAUCAUCCUAUUUUGUGAAGUCAGAGCUGCUAGUCCUGCUUUUCUCUCCUUCAAGGGAUGUCUGGAGCAUCUCUCUCUCCCUCUCCCACGCCCUGAUGAGACUGUUUCCAGCUCAUCCUGCCAGACCUCACAGCUGGGCCUGUCUUGCAGCUCUGCUCACUGACUCAUAGGUGAACACUGUCCAUGCUUAUCAAGAAAAAGUUUUUCCCCAUUUUGUUGUUAAUAGAAAAGAGGGAAAAAAUAUUUCUUUUUCAACAUUCUAAAAUAUUAUUAUUUCUAAAUAGCUGACACUUAACAAUUUAGUGUCCAAAUCCUAUUCUGAAUUAAGUUUCUGGGUGAUUCUAAAUUCUAAAAUUUUAAUCUUGGUUUAUCACAUAAACAUCUAGUUAGAAAAUAUUUAUGCUGAAGAUUUACAUUUUGUGGCAUUAGUUCUUCAUGUUUCUUUUUGACACAUUGACUAAAAUUGUUCAUCUGUGUCCAGAUGGGUGGGAAGGUUGUAGGUGCUGGGACCUGUGUAGGCCAGUGCACUCAGGAAGAGCCUGGACCGAACUCUGGCAUUAGCUAGGUGUGUGCUGCACUCUGCUCUUGUAGAUUUAUUUUGUUUACAGUAGACCAGUGUCAGUUUUUGUAAAUGUUUUUUCUUAGCACUUUAACUGUGAGUGUACAAACUGAUUUUAAAUGUAGUGGUUGUAUAUUUUGGUUAUAAAUUGGAAAUUUUUAAUAAAAUUAAAUAAUUUGUU